UUUACGAAACACUCUGGCGCGGGAAGCUUUGUGACUGACUGUUUUUUUAGCCUGUUGAAGAAAACACGUUUUAUGCUCACAUCUAAAUUUAAUCAGCAUUUAUUAGUAUCACAUCAAAAUUACAAACGUUUAAGAUCAGCAUCGCGGGGAGUAGCGUUAAGGUCAUAUCCGUUAUUUAUCAUUUCCAUCGGAUCGGAUCUGAUCUGAGUUAUCGUAAAGAUGAUGCGUAAAAAGAAGCGCUCAUCCAUCACAGUCGAUGACGAUUCCACGCUUGACGUUCCUAAAUCAAAAAAGACCAAGAGCAGUGGACGACCAACGAAGUCUUCAGUACAGGACUCGUACCCGGACUCAGUUUUUGUUCAGUUUCUGAAGGAAUCUGGUGUCACUUUGACAGCUGGCAGUACAGCUAAUGAAAUUGCUGUAGAUCAAGUAAUAUUUCAAAAGCGGCUCCAGCAGCAGCUACGAAAGCAUCCCAGAUUCCCCAAUAUAAUUCAGGAGUUUAUAUCUGCACUGGAAACAUACAUUGAAGACCCAGAGAGAUUCAGAAACUGCCUGCUGCCUUGCGUGCCAUCAUCCACUUCACAGCAGGAUGCCAAUUCUGGCUCCUAUCAGGAAAGUCUUGUACGCCUGUUGCUUGGAAUAGAGAUGCUACAGACCCAGGUCAUAAACACUUUGUUUGAAAAGCUUCCAGAAUUCAUGUUUGAGGGUGUGAGUGAGGACGGCCUCAAUGUUCCCCGUCUCAUAAUAAACCAGUUGAAGUGGCUGGACCGAAUUGUAGAUGGCAAGGAUUUGAGCAGUAAGCUGAUGCAGAUGGUGUCUGUGGCUCCGGUGGAGAUCCAGCGGGACAUUAUUACCAGCCUGCCUGAAAUCCUGGAGGAUUCCCAGCAUGGAGAUAUUGCCAAAGAGCUAAAUGCUUUACUUCAGCAAAACACUCAACUCCCUGUGCCUAUACUGGAUGCUUUAUCCAGUUUGAAUCUGAGCUCAGCAUUACUGUCCGAGGUGCGUGAUGUAGUUAUGGGAACUCUCUCUGCUGUGCAGUUAGAGGAUCUUCCUGUUAUUGUCAAGUUCAUCUUACACUCCAUCUCUGCAUCUGAUGCUAAUGAGGUGGUGUGUGACCUGCGUAAAAAGCUGGAGUUGGAGCAAUGUGUUUUGCCAGCAGUGUUGCAGGCUUCCCAGAGUCGUAUGAAAAGCAAAGCCAUGUCAGGGUCCUCCAGGGUCCCAUCAUGCAACAAUGGUCAGGACAGUGUGGCUUUGGUUUUGGAGGUCAUAAAGUCAGCUAUCCGAUUUCAGAAGACCAUCUCAGAGGCUUGGCUAAAAGCAAUUGAGAAUGUUGAUGAGUCAGACGACCAUAAGGUGGUUGACCUGUUGGUGCUGUUCAUCCUUCACUCCACUAAUGCAAACCACAGCCGGCGUGGGGCAGAGAGAGUGCUCAGGGUCAAAGUUCGCAAGGGUCUGAUUCAGGAAAACCUCUUGCAGAAGACCUUUAAGGGUCAUGCUCAGGUGAUGCGGGGUUAUUUCCCAUCAAUUCUGGCUCUAGCUCAGGGACUCUUGCGUUCUCCAGACUGCUGUGUGGUGUCUUUCGGAGGUCACAUGUACAAACAGGCCUUCACUGCCUUUGACUCCUACUGUCAGCAGGAGGUGGUGGGCUCUCUGGUCACACACGCAUGCAGUGGUGUGAGUGGAGAAGUGGAUGUGGCUCUUGAGCUGCUCUGUGAGCUGGUAUCUCAGAAGCCUGCAGAAAUGAGCCAGUUCACUGUUUUUGUGAAGGGUAUUCUGGACUACAUGGACAACCUGACCUCACAGCAGAUCAGACGACUCUUCCACCUGCUCAGCUGCCUGGCAUUUGGACAGGAGCAACACGGAGGACACAUACAGGAUGACAUGCACAUCGUCAUCCGUAAGCAGCUGUCCAGCACGGUGCCCAAAUACAAGCGUAUUGGUAUUAUUGGUGCAGUCAUGAUGGUGGGCAGUAUGGGGGCCUGCAGAAAUAAACCUGAUGGCUCUCAGGGUGGCACACUUCCCAAAGAGACACACAGACAGGUGAUGGCUCUGUUGGAGCUGGUACGCUCAUGCAGUGAGAGUUCCCCUGAAGCUGCUGCUCUCUAUUACGAUGAGCUGGCCAACCUGCUGCAGACCUGCAAACUGGACCCUCUAGUUCAGGCAUGGAUCGGGAAGAGUGUGCUGGAGGAUUUUCAGGAGGACUUUGUUGUAGACCUUGGACCAGAUUUAUCAGGCCCGUUUGUGUUUCCUGCCUCUGUGAUGCAUAAUUUGGAUGAGGAUGAGAGUCAAGGGGGAAUCGCCAUCAAUCUGCUGCCACUUAUGACUCAAGACCAGCAGCUCAAAACAGACACAACCCAACCAGCUGGAGUCAAGAAAGAGAGGCGCGUGUCUCCUUUGUGUCUGUCCUCAUUUUUCCGCCUGCUGAGGUUGUGUGAGGAGGUGCAGCACCAGGGGGAUCUGGAGGAGAUUGAUGCUCUACUAGGCUGUCCUUUGAUUCUGACUGAUAUGGAGGUGGUGGAGAAGGUGGAGAGUCUGUCUAAGGCUGAGAGAGAGUUCCUCUGUUCUCUGCUCUUUUACACCAUCAACUGGUUCAGAGAGACGGUGAAUGCUUUUUGCAAGCAGAAUGAUCCUGAGAUGAAAAUGAAGGUUGUAACUCGUAUUCAGAAUAUCACUUAUCUUCAGAGUUUACUGCAGACAUGCUUAGCAGCUACUCCAGGCUACACUCCUCCUCAGGCUAACUUUGAUGGAGAGAGUGCUGAAGGGAUGAUACCCUCUUCUUCAAGUGCUCUGCCAAAGAAAGGAAAGAAGGAGUCAUCUGGGAGGAAGAGGAAGGCUUCAGCGAGUAAGAACUCCUCAGGAGACAAAUCACAGCUGGAGGGGGCCGCAGAGGCAGAGGAUUCCCAGCAGGAUCUUCCAGAGAAAGAGAACGAGAAGGAGAAAGAAAAGGAUGCCAAAUCAGGAGUCAGUCUGUCCUCGUACUGGCCGUUCUUCAGAGAGCUUGAUGUUGAAGUUCUGAGCGUGCUUCAGUGUGGCCUUCUGUCCCGGACACUGUUGGACACUGAGCUACAUAGUAAGUUAAGGGAGGAAGUGCAGCUGGGCCCUGCAGAGUUGCUUUUCCUGCUGGAGGACAUGUGGCGUAAACUGGACUUCAGUUUGGCUUCUGCACCAGCCAAAAAGGCUCCAUUUCUUAAAAGUAAGACGGACAGAGCAGUUGGCUUUGCUCACUUGCAGCAGAAAAAUGCCAAAGAGAUCGCCACCUACUGCAUCGAGCUGCUGCCCACACUUUGCACACACCUGGAGAACUGCCAUAAUCACUUUCAGACUCUGCUGUCUGAGCAUCAGGGUGUUGUUGAUGCUCCUGGUGUGGAUGUGAAGGAACAGCAGCUCAUGUGUUCAGCCUAUCAGCUCCUACUGCAAGUGCUACAUACUACGUUCAGCUGGGCUGGGUUUUCUGGUCCAGAGCAUCGUGCUCUACUGAAGAGCGCUCUGGGUGUCCUGGCCGGCCGACUGAAGGAGGACGAGACCGAUUUGACCCUGGAUCAGCUCAGCAGGCACGCUUUUGAGUACCUGCAGAACUUCCGAAGCACAGUGCCCAGUCUGAACACUGCCUUGUGUCUGAUUCAGCUGCUCAUUGUGCUGUCCCAGUACGGAGGAUUAAACCACAGGACCUACAGAGAACAGAUCACAACCCUGACGAAGCGUUUCCUCUGUCAGGAGUGGGUUACAGCGAGUGGAGAGAAAGAGCGAGGAAACAAAUACAAUGAUGCUCUUCAAACUCUACUCAGUAUUUAUCUGGAGCACACUGAUGAUGUUCUGAAGGCGGUGGAGGAAAUAGCAGGUGAAGGGGUUCCAGAGCUGUUGAAUGCUGCUAAAGAUGCUAACUCGCGCAGCUGGCCAACACUCAACAGGCAGACGUUCCUGGUGUACUACAAGAGCAUGAUGGCAGUGCUGGAGAGAGCUGUGCGCAAGAUUCCUCCCAGCAAACAGACGGAUAAUCAAGAGGUGCAGAGCGAGAAGCUCUUAACAUGGAAUCUGGCUGUGCGUGACUUCCACAUCCUCAUAAACCUGGUCAAGAUGUUUGACAGCAGACCUGUACUCACUGUGUGUUUAAAGUAUGGUCGUCUUUUUCUGGAGUCCUUCCUCAAACUUGGAAUGCCUCUGCUCGAUUACAGCUUUAAAAAACACAAGGAGGAUGUUCAGAGUUUGCUGAAGACCUUCCAGCUCAGUACUAGACAACUCCACCACAUGUGUGGCCACUCAAAGAUUAGGCAAGAUACAGGGCUGACCAAUCACGUUCCAGCCUUGAAGAAAAACCUGGAGCAGUUUGUGUAUCGUGUGAAAGCCAUGCUCACUCUUAACCAUUGCCAGGAGGCCUUCUGGCUGGGGAACCUGAAGAACAGAGACUUAAAGGGUGAAGAGAUUCUCUCACAAAGGUCACAGGCAGUUGAUGAAGCGGAAGAAGAGUCUUCUCAGCUGCAGAGUGAAGAGGAGGAGAGCGACUCUGAUGAGAGGAACAAUGGACAGGAAGAAGCGGAGGAAUCAGAUGAAUCAGACUGAAAUAAAGCAAAUAUUGUUAUAUAUUAGUACAUGAUCAGUACACUAUUGUUAUUAUUACAUCAAAUUAGUUUUGGGAUUUGUUAUCUCAUAUUAAAUGGAAAAGAUUUUGAUUAAAGCUGUUGUGCAAUGUUCAGUUAACUAUAAUCAAGUGGUUUUCUUGAACAGCUCUAAUUGUAUUUGCAUGUUUUAAAAUGCUAAUUGUUCAUUUGUUUUCAUAUUCAAUACAAAUAUAAAUGU